AAAAAAAAAAAGAAGAGGAGCAAAACCCCAGGUCUUGUUGUAAAGCAAUCUCUUAAUUGUAAUGCUUCCCUGAUCUGUCUGUGCAUCCGCGGAUCUCCGUUUAAUGUCUGUAUCAAACGAUUUUUCACUCAAAACCUAACUCAAUAUUUCUCUAUUCGUCAACUCCCGCGAAUCCUGAACUUUCAACUGGACAUCUAGACUUCCAGAAGCUAUCGAAUUUCGGAAUCCCGGGGGGUCUUUUCCUUCAGAUUAUAGCACCUCUUAGAUUCUCUCCAUCAUCAAUGGGGACUGAAAAUCCUAAUCAGCCAAAUUUUCCUAUAAGACCAGCUUCCACACCCUUUGCUGCGCCACCAAGUACAGCACCCUCUGGUUUUAGACCUAUGGCACCAGGUAUGGCUAGUGAUGCAGCCAGGCCACCUCCAAUGUCUACAUCAUAUGCCCCAUCAACUGCAGCCCCUUUCCAACGUUUUCCAAUGGCCCAAGUGCCACCUCCACAAAAUUCAUUUGGAGGACAGCCAACUUUUCCACCAUCAGUUAGGCCUGUUUCAGCCCCUGGUUUGUCACAUCCAGUUCCCCUCCAGCAACAGCCUCAAUCAUUCCCUAUGGGAUCUCCUGCCCAUAGCAUGGGUACUUCACAGCCGAGUACUGCCGCUCAACAAUCAGCUGUUGAUCCACGACUUGUUGCUCCUAGAUCAAAUUUGCAGCAGCCGUCACAGCCAACAGUGUCAUCUUAUCCACCUUCUAGACCAACUUUUCAGCAAGGGUUAUCAGGGUAUUCCAGCCAACAACCUAGUGCAAUGACACAACCCCCACUUGGGCAAGCUGUAGGCUUUCCUCCUCAACAAGGAGGUCAUGUUCCACCCAUGCCAGCACCACCUGGUCCCUUUUAUUCUCAACAAGGAGGGUAUGCACUGCCAUCACAGAUGCAGCAUCCAGGAUCUGCACCUCCUAUACCUAAUGUGCAGGGUUUAGCAGAGGAUUUCAAAUCACUUUCUAUUGGCUCUGUUCCUGGAUCAUUUGAUACAGGACUUGAUUCCAAAGUAUUACCAAGGCCAUUUGAAAGUGAUACACAAAACCUUUUGUCAGAACUAUUUCCCAUGAACUGUAGUUCUCAGUAUCUACGCUUGACAACCAGUGGCAUACCAAAUUCUCAGUCCUUGGCUUCAAGGUGGCACUUAACCCUUGGUGCAGUUGUUUGCCCUCUUGCUGAGGCUUCUGAUGGGGAAGAAGUUCCAAUAAUCAAUUUUGCUACAACUGGUAUUAUACGUUGCAGAAGGUGUCGGACUUAUGUAAACCCUUAUGUGACAUUCACCGAUAGUGGAAGAAAAUGGAGAUGCAACAUCUGUCAAUCGCUCAAUGAUGUUCAUGGUGAUUAUUUUGCCCAUUUAGAUGCCACUGGUAGAAGAAUUGAUAUAAAUCAGCGGCCUGAGCUUACCAAGGGUAGUGUGGAGUUUAUUGCUCCAGCUGAAUACAUGGUCCGGCCUCCAAUGCCACCAACAUAUUUCUUUCUCAUCGAUGUAUCAAUAUCUGCCAUAAAAAGUGGAAUGCUUGAGGUUAUAGCACAAACCAUCAAGAAGUGUUUGGAUAGUUUGCCUGGAUUUCCUAGAACACAGAUUGGCUUUAUUACUUAUGACAGUACUGUUCAUUUUUACAAUAUGAAGUCUUCCUUGACUCAGCCUCAAAUGAUGGUUGUGUCAGAUCUUGAAGAUACUUUUGUCCCAUUGCCAGAUGACUUGCUUGUCAACUUGUCAGAAUCUAGGGCUGUCAUUGAUGCAUUUCUAGAUAGCUUGCCUUCUAUGUUUCAGGAUAAUGUGAAUGUGGAAUCUGCUUUUGGUCCUGCUCUAAAAGCUGUAUUCAUGGUUAUGAAUCAACUUGGUGGUAAGUUGUUGAUCUUUCAGAGCACACUGCCUUCACUGGGUGUUGGUCGUUUGAGGCUGAGAGGUGAUGAUCCACGUAUAUAUGGAACUGAUAAAGAACAUACAACAAGAACACCAGAAGAUCCUUUCUAUAAGCAGAUGGCUGCUGAUUUCACCAAGUAUCAGAUAGCUGUCAAUGUAUAUACAUUUAGUGACAAGUAUACAGAUGUAGCAACCUUAGGGACUCUGGCAAAGUAUACUGGUGGCCAGGUGUAUCACUAUCCAAGUUUCCAAGCUACUAUUCAUAAAGAUAAAUUGAGCCAGGAGUUGGCAAGAGAUCUAACCAGAGAGACUGCCUGGGAGGCUGUCAUGCGAAUAAGAUGCGGAAAAGGUGUUCGUUUCACUACGUAUCAUGGGAAUUUUAUGCUAAGAUCCACUGAUCUAAUAGCACUUCCAGCUGUUGACUGUGACAAAGCUUAUGCAAUGCAGUUAUCACUUGAAGAAACACUACUGACAACCCAGACCGUGUACUUCCAAGUUGCUUUGUUGUACACAUCCUCUUCUGGAGAAAGACGUAUUAGGGUACACACAGCAGCAGCACCUGUGGUUGCAGAAUUAGGAGAAAUGUAUCGCCUUGCUGAUGCUGGUGCAAUUGUAUCUUUGUUCUCUAGGCUAGCAAUUGAGAAAACUCUCUCCACUAAAUUGGAAGAGGCUCGUAGUUCUAUUCAACUGAGAAUUGUUAAAGCCCUCAGGGAGUAUCGAAAUUUGUAUGCUGUACAACAUCGCCUGGGGGGAAGGAUGAUAUACCCAGAGUCACUGAAACUAUUGCCCUUGUAUGGAUUAGCUUUGUCCAAGUCAACACCCCUACGUGGUGGUUAUUCUGAUGCACAGCUUGAUGAACGCUGUGCCUCUGGAUAUACUAUGAUGGCAUUGCCAGUUGCAAAACUGUUGAAACUUUUGUAUCCUAACCUGAUUCGUGUAGAUGAAUAUCUUUUGAAAACAUCCCCCUUGACUGGGGAGUCCGAGAACAUGUUGAAAAGGCUGCCGCUUACUGUAGAUAGCUUAGAUGUCAGAGGUCUCUAUAUCUAUGAUGAUGGUUUUCGGUUUGUUAUAUGGUUUGGUAGAAUGCUUUCAACAGAUAUCAUCAAGAGUUUAUUGGGUGAUGAAUUUGCUGCAGACUUCUCAAAGGUUUGCCUGCAUGAACAAGAUAAUGAAAUGUCAAGAAAAUUGAUGGGCUUGCUUAGAAAGUUUAGACAAAGUGACCCAUCAUAUUAUCAAUUAUGUCACCUUGUGAGGCAAGGUGAACAGCCGAGAGAAGGAUUCUUCCUUCUAAGAAAUCUAGUUGAGGACCAGGUUGGUGGUACAAAUGGUUAUAUGGAUUGGAUUGUGCAAUUACACCGGCAAAUCCAGCAAAAUGCGUAACAUACAGGGCGUUUGCUUGGUCCAGCUUUACCCAUCCCUUUGAUUUGUAGCCGGAUGUCAGGUCUUGUAUCCAACAAUGCCCAAAAGUUGUUACAGAUGAAUUUGGUGAGAACAAAAAAUAAGGAAUUGCUUUGUGUUUGUUGACCCUGCCAUUUUGGUUCACUUGCCUUUUAAUUGUUAUUAUUAGUUGAGGAGUUACUUUCCUUGCUUUUGCACACCAUUUGAUUCUUCGGUGAAACACCGAGCUUCACAUUCUGAAUGCGAGGAAUUGCAGAGGAAAGAUGCCAAUCUGAUGCCUUGAAUUAGAAUGAACAAAAGAAAACUAAGAUAAAAAUGAAAUUGAGAGGACGAUGAACCCGUGGUUUACUUGAUCUGGAUUCUGGUGCAGAUGUUUUUUCCUUUUGUUUAUUUUGUUGUUUUGAAACAAUUUUGGUCAAGCAGCAUAAAUAUUGCGAUGUUUUAUGUUAUUAUUGUCGGGAGAUUAGCAAUGCCUUUUAAUGGAAUACUGGGGCCUUUUUAUUUCAGACUUAGGUGCAUAACCAGGUCUUGUACAAUUUCUUAUACUGGGAAUCUUGGAUUAUCCUUUUUUAAUUUUUAUUUAUGUGGAAGCCAUAAUUAAAUUUGUAUUUUGGUUUGACAGUUGUCAAUAGCUGAUCUCUUAAUUUC